AUGGCCCUUUCCGUCCUGAACCACUCUAUGAUGAUCCGAAAAGCAGGUACAAUCUUGAACAUUACUUCGAUCACCGGGCUAGAAGUGCCCCCAUUCCCAGGCGAAGCAGUCUACCACGCGAACAAGGCUUGUCAAGAGGCCUUCACAAAUGCCCUGCGAAAUGAACUAAGUGGCACGGAUAUCCGCGUCCUUGCUCUCCGACCAGGUGUUGUUGCUACGAAUUUCCACUCGCUUCGCGUGGGUCAUGAUAAGAAGAUGUAUGAUGAAUUUAUUGAGGGUUAUGAACCACUCUUGGCUGGGGAUAUUGCUCAGGGCGCUAUUUAUAUGCUUCAGCAGCCGCUGAAUAUCUCGGUUAAGGCAUUGGAUAUUGUUCCUUCUGGUAUGACGCCUUGGAUCUCCCCAAUGUAA